UUGUCAUAUUUUUUUUUUUUUUUGGAAAAAUUUAUUUUAUUUUGCGUAUAAAUUUUUUAAAAUCUUUUAUAAAAAUUUCUAAGUGAAAAUUCUUUAAAAUAAUGCCACCAGUAAUUAAAGGAAAAGAUGUCUUAAGUGCUCUUAACGAGCUAAAAAAUCCUUCGAAUUUAAACGAGAUUGUAGAUCACAUGUCUGCCAAAUAUGAAGCCAGCAAAACGGCUUUAGCUGCAGCAGUUAAAACUAUUUUAGAUGCAGGUGUGCAACAUGGCUACAUCGAGGAAUCGGAUGAUAAAUAUCGUACCGAAUAUAAGCCAACUGAGGAAGUGAAAGAUGAUCAAAUACAAAUAAAUCCUGCGGAGCCGCAACGUCAAGAAUCAAAUGAACAAGUAGAAACUUCAAAAAAUAGAGAAAUUGCGGUGAGAAAUAAAAAGAAUUGGACGUGGAAACGUCCUUAUUUGUUACAUUCCAGUGAAGACGAGAAUGAAGAUGAGGAUAUGGAACUACGAGAUCAAGGAGAUUGUUGUGGUUCUAGAUAUAGAAGACGUUCACGCAGCAGGGGUAGACAUGGUAAAAGUCAUUCGCGCCGCCGUACCAGACGACGAAGACGAGAAUAGUUUUUGAAAUUUUUGUUUUAGCAUCAAUUUUAUGUUUUUUUGUAAAGUUUUUAAAGUUUGGGUGAAACUUAUAUUUUAGAAUAAAUUUUCUUGUCACAUUUAA